ACAAAAGCCGGCCGCUACCUCCCCGAGUAUCACGAGGCCAAGGGCACCCGCGACUUCUUCGCCUGCUGCCGUGACCCCGAGGUCGCCAGUACCCUGACCCUGCAGCCGAUCGAGCGCUUCGCCGGCCUCCUCGACGCCGCCAUCAUCUUCUCCGACAUCCUCGUCGUGCCCCAGGCCCUCGGCAUGACCGUCGAGAUGGUCGACAAGAAGGGUCCCCACUUCCCCGAGCCGCUCAAGACCCCGACCGACGGGCAGUACGAAAAGGUCCUGGCCAAGAACGUCGACGUCGCCUCGGAGCUCGACUACGUCUACAAGGCAAUCACCCUCACCCGCAAGAAGCUCGCCGGCCGCGUGCCCCUCAUCGGCUUCUGCGGCGCCCCCUGGACGCUCUUCUGCUACAUGGUCGAGGGUGGCGGCACCAAGCUCUUCAUGCAGAGCAAGACGUGGAUCUACCGCUACGCCGAGGAGUCCAAGGCGCUCCUGCAAAAGAUUGCCGAGGUCUGCGUCGAGUACCUCGCCCUGCAGGUCAAGGCCGGCGCCCAGAUGAUCAUGGUCUUUGACUCGUGGGCCGGCGAGCUCGGCCCCGAGGCCUUCAAGGAGUUCAGCCAGCCGUACCUGUCCUACAUCUCCGAGAACCUCCCCAAGAAGCUCGCCGAGAUGAACCUGGAGCGCGUGCCCAUGACCGUCUUCCCCAAGGGCGCCUGGCACGCUCUCGACUCCGUCAUUGACAUUGGCUACGACGUCAUCGGUCUCGACUGGCUCCAAGACCCCGCCGAGGCUGUCAAGAUCCGCGGCGACAGGCGCGUUAGUUUCCAGGGCAACGCCGACCCUGGCGUUUUGUACGGUACCCACGAGCGCAUGACGGAGGCCGUCGAGAUCAUGGUCAAGGGCUUCUACGGUAACGGAAAGAAGGGGUGGAUUGCAAACCUCGGCCACGGCAUCACCCCGGGCGUCAAUCCUGAGGAUCUCCGAUUCUAUCUGUCGGAAAUUCACCGUUUGACGAAGAACUAAGCAGGGCAAUGAGUCGGUCGGUGGGAGAUGAAAACCAAAAGCUGCAGAUGAUGGUUGGAAAAAGGUGGAAAUUCAAGUAUCAAGUCACAAACUACAAGGCGUAUUGAAAAAGGAGUGAAGUACAGUGACAGAGCAUCAAUGUUCCAAGGCGUCAUCCUAGAGAUGGUAGUGCACUAGGGCAAUCUUUGUCGAAUCAAAUGAACCCUCUGAUAAAACCUCAUGAGUGGAGGGAAACAAAAUCGUAACGAUGGCAACUUCAAGUCUCAUGGCUUUAUAUUGUGCUUCAGUGUAAGUGCCAGACGAAGAAACUCAUGGUCCAAGGCACGCAGUGAGUGGUCUUGAGCACGAGCAAGUUGAAUGAACAAAAGUAAAGAUUCCAUUAUGCUUUUCCUUCCCGUAUCGUAAUUGCCCUUGAAUCAUAUCAAACCGUGGUAUCAAGAACUUUUUUUGUGUCGUUUCAACAUUUUCAAACAA